AUGGUACGUCUUUUCUUCUUUUAUUCACUUGUUUGUUUUGUGUUGCUAAGUCAAAGUUUUUCGUCUUCCUCUGUGCAUCACCUUUGCUCUCCUAGUGAAGCUUUUGCUUUGAUUCAGUUCAAACAAACCUUUGAAAUUAUAUCCGACGAGUACUCUAGUUUUGAAUUUACUUGUUUCCCAAAAACAGUAUCUUGGAAUGAGAGUACGGAUUGCUGCACUUGGGAUGGAGUCACAUGUGACAUGUUAACAGGUCAUGUUAUCGAUCUGGACCUUAGUUGCAGUCUGCUUAAUGGAAGUAUUCAUCCCAACAGCAGCCUCUUCCAACUUUAUCAUCUUCAGACACUAAACCUUGCUCAAAAUAACUUCAAUUAUUCUUCAAUUCCAAAUGACAUUGGACGCUUGAGGAAUUUGAGGAAUCUCAACCUCUCUGAGUCUCAUUUUGAUGAUAACAUCCCAACAGAAAUCUCAUACCUCUCUAAUUUGGUUUCACUUGAUCUUUCUGGUAAUCGAUGUGAACUUGAUCAGAAAACAUUUGAAACACUGCUUCAAAACUUCACAAAUCUGGAGGUAGUUUCUCUCUCUUUUGUCAACAUCUCAUCUCCGAUACCUAUGAAUUUGUCUUCCUCUUUAAGGUACGUGGAUCUUCAAUCAACCAAUUUGCAAGGCGUUCUCACAGAGAACUUCUUUCUUCUGCCAAACUUGGAAAGGCUCAAAUUGGAUUACAAUAAACUUCUCAAAGGAGAUUUACCAAAGCUCCACCCGAGCAACACUCUGUUGGAGUUGAGUAUUGCAAACACAGGCAUCUCCGGUGAGCUGCCUUAUUCGAUUGGUACCUUGAAUUCCUUGAAUCACUUGAACCUCCAUGGAUGUGACUUCUCUGGUGGCAUUCCUGAUUCCAUUGGAAACCUUACACAAUUUAGGCAGUUAGAUUUAGGUGAUAAUCAUUUCACGGGCCAUAUUCCUUCAACAAUCUCUAAACUGAAGAAGCUCACACAUUUAGAUCUUUCGUCCAACUCCUUUGGAGGCGAAAUUCUCAAUGUUUUCUCUAACCUCCAAGAGCUAGCUGAACUGUAUCUUUCUAAUAACAGCUUCAUCGGUCCGUUUCCCUCUUCAAUCUUAAACUUAACAUAUCUUCAAAGCUUAGACUUGUCAAGUAAUUCUCUAUCUGGUCCACUACCUAGCAAUGCCAGCAAGCUUCCAAAGCUAUUCAAUCUAAAUUUGUCUCACAACUCACUGAAUGGCACAAUACCCUCUUGGGUUUUUAAUAUUCCUAGUUUGGGGCUCCAUCAUAAUCAAUUCAGUAGAGUGUCUGAUGAGCUCAAAACAAACCAAGCAUUAGAAUUUUUGGACUUAAGCCAUAAUCAACUCACUGGUCCAUUUCCUCAAUCACUUGCAAAUCUCAUUAACCUAAUCUUCCUUGACCUUUCAUCAAAUAACAUUACUGGUGACGCGGGAGUAGAAGUCUUUGCGACUAUGCAAAGCCUUGAUUCACUUUAUCUUUCAUACAAUCCUCUAUCAUGGAGGAUCAAUAUUAAUGUUAGCAAAAUCACCUUUCCUAGCGUAAGCUUUUUGCUCUUAUCAUCUUGUGAACUGGAAGAUUUUCCACAUUUCUUGAGAAAUUUAAAGAAUCUUCAGAUCUUAGAUCUUUCUAACAAUAAGAUUCAUGGUCCGGUCCCUAAUUGGUUUAGCGGCAUGAAGUGGGACUACUUGUUGUGCCUAAACCUUUCUUAUAAUUCACUUACAGGACACAUAGACCAACUUCCUUACCAUGGCCUACCAUAUCUUGAUGUUAAAUUUAAUUUCCUUCAGGGUCCACUACCUUCAUCCAUUUGUAACAGCAGCCUUCUCAUGUUGGAUUUAUCACACAACUACUUCAAUGACUCAAUUCCAAGCUGUUUGGGUAGCAUGGCUGAGCUAAAGGUGCUCGACUUAAGAGAGAACAAUUUCAGUGGGAAUCUUCCACCGUUAUGUAGUCGAAGCACUUCAUUGACUACCAUUGUCUUGAAUGGUAAUCAUUUUGAAGGACCUGUCCCUGUGUCGCUGCUCAACUGUACUGGCUUAGAAGUUCUUGAUUUGGGGACUAAUGCAAUAACUGACACAUUUCCAGCUUGGCUUGGAACUCUUCAACACCUGGAGGUCCUUAUAUUAAAGUCGAACAAGUUCCAUGGACCCAUAAGUUCUUGCCAAACUAAGUUUUGCUUUCCCAAGUUGCGGAUAUUUGAUAUUUCUCAUAACGAAUUCAGUGGCUCACUCUCUGCAGAAGUUUUUGAAAACUUCAGAGCAAUGACUAGAUUGAAUGGUGCAGAUGAAGGAGAGAUCAAAUAUAUGAAACAUGAUAUAUUUUCGGAAUUGAACAUAAUAUAUGAGGACUCAGUGAGGUUGGUGAUCAAAGGCAAUUAUAUUGAGCUGGAAAGAAUCAACACAAUUAUGACAGCCAUUGAUCUCUCAGUCAACCAUUUUGAAGGUGUGAUUCCGAAAGCACUAAUGGAUCUUGGCUCGCUUUGGCUACUCAAUUUAUCCCAUAACAAUCUCAAAGGUGAUAUUCCAAUGGAAAUGGGGCAAUUGAAAAUGCUUGAAGCGUUAGAUCUAUCAUGGAAUCAGCUCACUGGAAAGAUCCCGCAGGAAUUGAUAAGGCUAACAUUUCUGGAAAUGUUAAACCUCUCUCAGAAUGUGCUUGUCGGACCAAUUCCUCAAGGUCUACAAUUCAACACAUUUGAAAAUGACUCGUAUGGUGGCAACCUUGAUUUAUGUGGUCCUCCUUUAUCAAAGAAAUGUGGAACAAGUGAUCCAUCGCAUGUGCCUCAGCCAUUGGAGUCCGAAGAAGAAUGCGAUUCAUAUUUUUUCAGUGGAUUUACUUGGGAAUCAGUAGUCAUAGGCUACAGUUUUGGACUCGUUGUUGGAACUAUUGUGUGGAGCCUCAUGCUUAAAGCUCUUGACAGAAAUGAUCUACACAACCACUCAUUAGCUAUAUUAAUUAAUGUUGGAUUCCUCAAAAAUAGUGCAUUUUUUAAGGAUCCAACUCAGUGUGACAUCCAACUUGAUCAGAAAACAUUUGAAACGCUGCUUCAGAACUUCACAAAUCUGGAGGUAGUCUCUCUAUCUAAUGUCAACAUCUCAUCUCCGAUACCUAUGAAUUUGUCUUCAUCCGUAAGGUAUGUUGAUCUUAUAAAUACUAAUCUGCGAGGUGUUCCCACAGAGAGCUUUUGCGUUGUGCCAAACUUGGAAAUGCUAAAAUUGGGUUACAAUCAUCUUCUCAAAGGAGUUUUACCAAAGAUCCACCUGAGCAGCACUCUGUUGGAGUUGAGAAUUGCACGAACAGGCAUCUCUGGUGAGCUGCCUGAUUCAAUUCUCACCUUGAAUUCCCUGAAUCGUUUGGACCUCUAUGGAUGUCAAUUCUCUGGUUCCAUUCCUGAUUCCGUUGGCAACCUUACACAAAUUAGGGAGUUGGAUUUUAGUGAAAAUAAUUUCACAAGCCAUAUUCCUUCAACAUCACUGACAAUGCUGGAAUACAAGUCUUUACGACUAUGA